UCCUGCCUACCCUCUCCACAUACCUACUCAUUCUAAGCCCUUGGUAUCUGUUCAUCCUACCUGCGGAAUAGACAUGCUGCAGCCACACGGAGAGUCACUGUGGCUCCUGCCAUCCAAUCCAUGGAUCCUGAAAGAGGGGGCCAGGGCCAGAUGGGGACCCUGCUCCCAGACCUGAAGCAGGAGUCACCUCCCUGCACACACUCAGUGAGAAGGAUGGGGGGCCAGACUGGAAAACUUGCCCAUGAGGGUAGCGCUUCCAGGGGCUGAGAGUACAGAGAGGGGCAGCGGAAGUCUGGUUUUGGUGACCCAGGUCCUAGGAAGGGGCUGCCAAGUCCCUUCCUAUGAGACCCUCGCCUGGGCCCCAGAAGACUGCCACCUGUCAUGGACUAUUGGGCCUUGUGGCUAAGGUCAGAGACCUGUGGCCUGACCAGAGGGUCUUCCCUGGAAUUCACAACCUGGCAGCCUAGUCUAAAUGGGCCCUCUGCAGCCCAGAAUCCUUUCAGGGAAUCCCUCUUUUGCUUGGCUGGUAGAGAGUGGAGGGGCCAGGAGACACCAGAGAUGGGCCACAUGGGAGAUGGAUGAGAAGGGAGCAUCAGAAGGGAAUGGAAGGGCAAGACGGUAAGGGGCAGAAGGAGGCACCUGAGAAGGUAUGGAAGGUGGGAGACCCAGAAACCAAUAGGGAGGAGAAGAAAGGAAGAAAGCUCAGCUGUCCCAGCGUGUCAAAAGAGAAAGAGGAGGAGCCACUGUCCUCAACCCAUUUCUGAUAAAUUCCCAUUAGCCAAGUCCCCAGAAGCCUUGCUCUGUUUCCCACAUCAGCUGGGGCCUAGGAGAGUGGCAGGAGCCCCGCGGACCCCUCUUCGAACGGGUGUGGCCGUUCUGCGGAAUGAGUGGUGCCUGGGGAGGGUAGGCUUCACCGUCUGGGGGAGGCCGGGCCGAGUCUCGGUGCGCCCGACCCACCCGUGACGUGUUGCAGAACUCCCCAGAGCCAGGGGCCGCCCGUCCCCGCGACAGAGGGGCGGUCAAUGCCAGCCGGUCACGCCUUGGAGCCACACUCUGCGCUCCUCCGAUUCCGCGCGCCCCGCGCCUUCAGAGGGCGUGGCCGGGGGACGCGGGGGAAGCGCGCUGGUAAGGCUGCCCGAGAACUGCAGCUGCCCGCCGCUCCCUCAGGGUCACCUGGCUCGGCCGGACGGAACCGAUGCCUGGACGCGGCCGAGGCGUGUACGGCGGACGCGCGGUGCCAGCGGCUGCGCACCGAGUACGUGGCUCAGUGCUUGGGUCGGGUCGGGGCCGGAGGCUGCCCCCGCGCCCGCUGCCGCCGCGCCCUGCGCCGCUUCUUCUCCCGCGGGCCUCCCGCGCUCACCCACGCGCUGCUCUUCUGCCCGUGCGCCACCGCCGCGUGCGCCGAGCGCCGGCGCCAGACCUUCGUGCCAGCCUGCGCCUUCGCGGGGCCCGGGCCAGCGCCGCCCUCCUGCCUCGCACCCUUAGACGCCUGCGAACACAGCCGGAUCUGCCGGCCCCGCCUCCUGGCCUUCCAGGCCUCCUGCUCGCCCGCCCCCAGCGCCCCCGACGGCUGCCUGCUGGAUGAGGCCCCCAGCUGCCUGCGUGCCUACGCAGGCCUCGUGGGCACCGCCGUCACUCCCAACUAUGUGGACAACGCGAGCGCGCGCGUGGCGCCUUGGUGCGACUGCGGAGCCAGCGGAAACCGGCGUGAGGAGUGCGAAGACUUCCGGGGGCUCUUCACCAGGAACCGCUGCUUGGAUGGUGCCAUACAGGCCUUUGACAGUGGGUGGUCUCCAAUCCUGAAGAACCAGCCAGAUGUCCGCCAGGACCCUGAGCACAGCCUCCUGCAACCCCUGCUCUGACUAGGACAACAACAACAACAACCAACAACAACCUUGGACAACAACAUCAUACUGACAGCCAUACUGCCUGGGAUAUAGGGCCCCAUCUGCACCCUCUUGCCCCCUGAAAGUGGACUGGCUUGCCUCCCAAGCUGACUCCAGUGCUCUUGCACUGCUGUUCUUUUUAGGUCUGGACACCCUGUGUGCCUGUCCCCUAGAGUGAGGGAUUUGGGGCUGAGGGCCCGAUGCAAAGUCCCUAGUUUCCCUUUCAGUGGGUUUCUUGGUUGUAGGUCCUUCUGUCCACUGACCUUGGAACAGUCAGCUUCUCCUACAGGGUAGGGAUGGGAGGUGGUCACCUUUUUAGCUAAGGCCUCAGUGGGGCCCCAGAUCACCUACAAGUCAGAAACCAUCCAAAUUCCAAGAAUUUUAAGAGAUUUUUACCUGCUUCCCUGAAGAGAACAUACCCUAAGGAGUACAUCUGGACAGACUUACAGGUAAACUUUUUUUUUUUUAACACUGCAGCCUUUCAUGGCACCUUCCUAGGGAGGCACCACCUGUCAUGAUAUCCACCUAGGCCCCAUCGACUAAUGUUAUUAAGGUUCUUCCCAACCAUGAUAUGCUCCUUAGUGGGCACCACCUGGAGUGAGAUUCCAGUCCCCUGCAUUGCACUGGUCAUGUCGCCAUCUUCCCUGUGGUUUAACCUAGCACUAUGAAUGGCAACCAUAGCUCAAUAAACCUGUAU